AUGUCAUCACCGGCCGGGCCAGUAUUGCACUCUGAUGUACCCCAGCAGAAUGGGCGCUCUUCCUCCCGCGCACGAGGCCCACCCACAGCCAGCACUCCAGGUGUCCAGAGCGAGAACGGUGCGGGUUUCCCAGAUGAUGAAGUUGUCGGUCGACUGCGACGGCAGGGUCGACAAGAUAUACCACGCGUGGUCGAUACCACCGCCGAAACACUCGGCAUCCAAUUCGAGAGAUUCCUGGAGAACUUCACCGAAGACCCGACAUCAUCCGCCCUGCCAGCCUCGAGCGCGGUGACGACCAACAAGUAUUACAUCGCUCAGAUCCACGGCCUCUGCCAGUUCAAGCUUUCCACCCUCUACGUCGACUUCACCCACCUGACCGACCACGAGCGGGGUGUACUGGCCAAUGCCAUCCAGGGCGACUUCUACCGUUUCCAGCCGUACAUGCUGCGCGCACUCAACAAUCUCAUCGCCAAGUACGAACCACAAUACUACCGCGAGCACAGACAGCCAGGCUCGACUACGGCUCGAACAGACACAUCCUUGGCGGGCAACAGCAUGAGCGAGGAUGAUGGCAUGAACGACAAGACGCCCAACCAGCAGACGGACAAGAUUUUCGCCAUUGCCUUCUACAACCUCCCGCUCGUGUCGAGAGUGCGACAACUACGGACCGAGCAAAUCGGCAAGCUCGUCUCCAUGUCUGGCACUGUCACACGAACAUCCGAAGUCCGACCCGAAUUACAUUUGGCUACCUUUGUGUGCGAGAUCUGCAAUGCAGUCAUCCCAGAUGUCGAGCAGAUCUUCAAAUACUCCGAGCCCACACAAUGUCCCAACCAAACCUGCGGUAACCGCAUGGCGUGGCGCUUGGAUAUCCGACAGAGCACAUUCAUCGACUGGCAGAAGGUGCGGAUACAAGAGAAUAGCUCCGAAAUACCGACAGGUAGUAUGCCUCGUACUAUGGAUGUCAUCCUUCGUGGCGAGAUGGUUGAUCGUGCGAAAGCUGGGGAGAAGUGUAUCUUCACUGGCACGCUCAUUGUUGUGCCCGAUGUCAGCCAGUUCCGCGUACCAGGCACUCGUGUGCAGGCCAUACGAGAUUCACAAGCACCUCGAGGUGGUGAUGCCGGCGGCACUGGUGUGAGUGGGUUGAAAGCACUUGGUGUACGCGAUCUGACAUACCGCAUGGCAUUCUUAUCGACCAUGGUCACCCCAGAUGUCUCCACCCAAGGACAAAGUGCGAAGCAGCACCUUAAAGGCCAAGCCGGCAAUAUCUUGAGCUCUCUCGGCCAGAUGGUCGACCUGAAUGACGUCUCUGGUGAUCAGGCUCAGCAAGACUACCUCGAUACUCUCACACCUGCUGAAAUUGACGAUCUGCGGAAGAUGGUGCAAAUGCCGAACAUCUAUAUGCGACUUGUGGACUCACUCGCUCCCAUGAUCUAUGGCCAUACCGUGGUCAAGAAGGGUCUUUUGCUGCAGAUGAUGGGUGGAGUCAGCAAGCUCACGCCAGAAGGCAUGGCAUUGCGUGGCGAUCUGAACGUGUGUAUUGUGGGAGAUCCCAGCACGAGCAAAUCGCAAUUCCUAAAAUACGUCUGUUCGUUCUUACCACGUACCGUCUACACAUCCGGCAAAGCAUCAUCCGCCGCCGGUCUCACCGCCGCCGUAGUGAAAGACGAAGAAACCGGCGAAUUCACCAUCGAAGCCGGCGCCCUCAUGCUAGCAGACAACGGCAUCUGCGCCAUCGACGAGUUCGACAAAAUGGACAUAGCCGACCAAGUCGCCAUCCACGAAGCAAUGGAACAACAGACCAUAUCCAUCGCCAAAGCCGGCAUCCAAGCCACGCUCAAUGCCCGCACCAGCAUCCUCGCCGCCGCCAACCCCGUAGGCGGCCGCUAUAACCGCAAAACCACCCUCCGAGCCAACAUCAACAUGAGCGCACCCAUCAUGUCCCGCUUCGACCUCUUCUUCGUCGUCCUAGACGAAUGCAACGAGACAAUCGAUCAGCACCUCGCUGAGCAUAUCGUCGGGAUCCACCAGCUGAAAGACGAAGCGGUCCAGCCUGAAUUUAGCACCGAGCAGCUCCAACGCUAUAUCCGCUUCGCGCGCCUCUUCCAACCGGUUUUCACGGACGAGGCGAAGAGCGAACUUGUGGCUAAAUACAAGGAUCUGAGAGCCGACGACGCACAGGGAGGUGUUGGGCGGAACUCGUACCGGAUUACUGUCAGGCAAUUGGAAUCACUUAUCCGAUUGAGUGAGGCGGUGGCGAAGGCCAAUUGUGUUGAUCAGGUUACUCCGCAGUUUGUUGAGGAGGCGUAUAAGCUGCUCAAACAGUCGAUUAUUAGCGUGGAGAAAGACGAUGUGGAGUUCGAGGAGGAAGAUGACGUCGUUACUGCCGCUGGUGCUGGUGUGGAAGAAGGCGAACAAGACGCCGACUCGCCCAUGAACGACCAAGAUAAUGAGGAACACGCACCUUCAUUCCGGCACUCGACGACACCCGCCCUAGCCCGACCACGCACCCAGAUCAAAUACGACGAUUUCGUCCGCAUGCAGAAGAUCCUCCUCCGACGCGUGAAUGAGGAUCAGAACAUAGCGGAGGAUGGGACGGAGGAGGACGAUCUACUGGUGUGGUAUCUAGAGGAGAUAGAGGAGUCCCUGCAGAGUCGGGAGGAUAUGGAGCGGGAGAGGGGGUUGGCGCGGAAGGUGUUGAGGAGGAUGGUUAGGGAGAAUGUGCUGCUGCAGAUUCGAGGUGAGGGGCUGGCUGAUGAGGAUGGGGAGACGCCGCGGGAGGGGAGGGUGAUGUAUGUUGUUCAUCCGAAUUUCGCUGCGGAUGAGUUUUUGGGUGUGCAGUAG